GCCGGACAGUCGAGCAGCUCCGUGAGCGCUCAGGACUUAACAGCCGAGCCUGCUGGACCGCUGGGGCGGCCGCUCGCUGUUGCUCCUGGGCGAAGCUGGAGGUUCCCCAGGAGCAGCAUGAUUCUCCUCGUGCUCCUGAUCCUUUCGGUGGAGGCCGACAGCCGAACGGUGAUGAGCAUCCCGGAGCCAGAGCCGUCCUCCGUGCCCAUACCAACCAAUGUGAUACUUAAGGCUUAUAACUUAAACCCUGUACUAUACUGGGAAUACCAGCACAUGCCACAGCCCCCUGUGUUUACUGUGCAGGUAAAGAGCUAUUAUAAGGGAAAGUGGAUUGAUGUCUGCACCAACAUUACUCGCCAUUCCUGCAAUAUUAUUCAGGAAGUUGAUGAUCCAACUGUUUCACUCUGGGCCAGAGUUAAAGCUCGGGUUGGACAAAAUGAAUCUGGCUACGUAGAGUCAGAAGAGUUUGUUUUGUGCCAAAAAAGCAAGAUUGGACCACCGUCAUUAGAUGUCAAGGUGUGGGACAACAAGCUCCUGGUUAACGUAUACCACCCUGUGGUGGAGAUAAAUGGAGAAGGGCUGGGACCCAUGUCUGUCAGUGAAACCGCCUGCCACACCCUCCUGUACAGCGUGCAUGUGAGGACGAGUAGAAAUGAGACCUUCUAUACAAAAUCCGUCUACGAGAAUGACUGCAAUGAGGUUCUCUGCCAGCUGACCUUCACGGUGCCCUCACUUGACGCUGAGUACUGUGUUUCUGCACAAGGAAUCUUAGAGGAAUGGCAUGUCACAACAGACAAAUCAAACGAAAUCUGCAUUCUUGUUCUCAGUAGCAAUGACAAAAAUGCAGUUUGGAUUCCCAUUGUGGUGACUUUAGCACUCUUUCUAAUAGCUGUUGUGCUAUUUUCAUGCUGUUAUAUUAAGAAGAACUCAUAUAGAAGGAAGAGCACAAUAUUGCCCAAGUCUUUGCUCUCUGUAGUAAGAAAUGGCAUUUCAGAGACAAAACCGGAAUUACAAUACGUAUCGUUCAUUGCAUCAUGUCAGCCAUUCCCUGUCCCAGACAGUGAGACCUCGAUGUGUGUGGACGAGGUGUUGUCGCCAGCAACGACCCCAGACAGUCCAGGCAAAGCAGAACAAAGGAAGCUUUCUAAUGAGCCCGAAGUGUUCCCCACUGAAAAACAUGCUGCCGACACGGUCCCCGGAAGCCCCUCGGCUCCAGUAAAGAGGGACCAUUCUUCCCCUUCAAGCAGCAGCCAGUCCGGACUCUUCGGCGUCACCGUAAGCUCUUAUCACACCAGAAUUGGCUCUGACAGUGGCCUUGUGGGCUCAGACAGCACAGGGUCUGCCCCCGAGCUCCCUUCAAACCACAAGCCUGAAAUAAAGGCAGAAGAUCACGAAUUGACAGUGGGGAGGCUCGCCCCCUCCUCGUUUGGUUAUGAUAAACCGCACGUGCUCGUGGACCUGGCAGUGGGGGACGGCGGUCAGGAGUCACUGAUCGGGUACAGACUUGCAGCCGAGUCCUAAGACCUGCCAGCUGGAGCUCUGCUGCCCAGAGAAGAAAUCAUGUCUUAGCAGAUACCCACCUGGCUGGGAUAUGUGGGGAAAGAACCUGCUGCCAGGGUCACCUGUGCUCUUGAGAACUGCUCGGGGCUUCAGAGGCUGCUGUUUGGACUGGGGCAGUACUGGCUUUGGUGACUCCUCUUGUGCCUUCCUUCUGGUGGGGUGUUUGCUGCAGCUUAAUGCACUUUUGUUUGUUGUUUUGCCUUUUUUUUUUUUUUUUUUUU